AACACCUCCAGUAGCAAUUUGCGAUUGUUUCAUGUCCUCCUGGAUUAUGGGAUGCGAUUGCUGCACGCUGGCAAAGACUUCUUCGAAGUCAAAGACCUUAUUCGAGUGUCCAGAGUGGAACUGCAGAACAUUCGCAUUCACAAUCUCAAGUCCAUCUACGAGGCCAGCGUACCGGAGUUGAGAGCACUUCCAGUGGACGAGAGCAUGAAGGAAGGAUGGAAGGUGACUACGCGUUGCUUCAGCAUUGACUUGAACAUUGGCCUCCGAGAGCUGACAGUGAGCGCGGAGUCGAAGCUGAAGGUGUUCUUCAAGACCAAGUUUCACCCCUUCGAAAUGAUAAUUAAACCCCUCGUUCUUCAUGUAAGGCUCCGUGUCUGCUUUCCAUUUCUGAGCGUCUCACAGUCCUUGGCGUUGGACAAAGGGUCUGCAUCGAACUUGCCCCACUUCGCCACCUUCUCCAUAGAUCUGGAAGACGUCGAAAUCAAGCACUGGAAAGGUGUUCGAAUAAAGGGCAAAGGCACCUUCAACAAGGUGGCCGGCUUUCUAGUCAACAGUGGAGUCUUUACUGAUUUUAUUCGAGGAGAAAUUGGAAGGAAGGUGAGGAAAUACAUGCCCUUAAAAUUUGCCGAACUUAAGGACAAAAUCCACUGCAAACUGAAAAAAAUGGCGGAUAAAACUAUCGAUCUUUAUGCUGUUAAAAUUUUUCCCAAAUGA